ACCCCAGAGGCAGGUGCGCGCAGAGCGCUCCCUCCGCGCUCUUUGCAGGAGACUCCAGACUCCGCCCCCGGCUCCGCCCCCGGCUCCGCCCCCGGCUCCGCCCCCGGCUCCGCCCCGCCCCCGCCCCGCCCCUUGUCCGCUUGGGUCAGAAGUCCGUCUGGGCAGCGCAGCCAUGGAGGCGGCGGGGAGCGGUGCGGCCUACUUCAAGAGAGGCAAUCUCUUUUCGCUGAUAGUCAUCGUGGUGUCCUUCAGUUACUAUACGUGGGUAGUCUUCUGGCCUCAGAGCAUCCCCUAUCAGAAACUUGGACUUCUUGGGCAUUUUACUCAGUAUUUGGUGGAUAAUCAUCUUGCACUUAUGCGUAAUGGAUAUUGGCUUGCUUGGUUGAUUCAUGUGGGAGAAUCUAUAUAUGCUAUGAUACUGUGCAAUCAAAAAGGUAUCACAAGUGGCCGGGCUCAAUUUCUAUGGUUGCUACAAACAUUCUUUUUUGGGAUUGCUUCUCUCUCCAUCUUACUUGCCUAUAAACCUUACCAUCACAAAAAAAAGUAAAGAAGAAAUUAAAUGAUUUUUUUGUACAUUGUAUAGUCAUUGCAACUUUGUCUAAAACUUUUUUUAAUUAGUGUUUUCUUCAUUGUUUUAGAAAAUGUCUAUACUGUGAAUAGAUUUGAUUCCUUUUCCUGAUCUUAAAAUUUUUGCAUAUAAUUGAUGAUUUUCAUCAUCUCUGAACAGAGGCUGCCUAAGUUUAUUGAAUUCAGAGGCUGCCUAAGUUUAUUGAAUUCCGUGUAGCUCAACAUUUAUUGAAUAUCUCUAGUGUGCAAGACACAGUAUGAAUUAGACAUGUUUAGAGCAGUGGCCCUGGAGUCAGGAGCACCUGACUUCAAGUCCAGCUUCAGACACUUGACGUUUACCUUGCUGUGUGACCCUAAGCAAGUCAUCUAACUCUGUUUGCUUAAGUUUUCAUAUGUGUAAAUAGAAAAUUUUGAUUAUAUCAAAUUGAGAAUGCAGACAAGAUUAGAAGGGAAGCAGUAAACUGGGAAAACAU